GCGAGAUACGCAGUCUUGUGUCGGCGCGGCUGCCUGCCGCCCGUGCGUGUCGUCUCCGCAACUUCUAACGUCAAAAACUUUACGUACUGUCUCACCACCCGCAUCCACGGGUCCGAACAGUAAAUACUCCUCGUGUGUUUAGUUUAGCGGCUUGUUUGCUGUUUGCUUAGUUAUAUUUAGUGAUUUGAUCCACCCUGACCAGUUUUGAGUUCGUGUCUUCAAUUUUGUGGAAAGCACCGGCACCGCCUGCAUGCGAGAUCCUGUUGCACCUUUAAUAACGGUGGUGGUACAACAUGGCGCAUCGCGCGAAGAAUCGCUGCCGGUCGUUAAAAUCUUUAACGACUUAAAAUCUAACUAACGCACAUUAGAAUAAGAAAACUAUUCAACUUCUUAGAAGUUAAACUGUGAUAGAAUAAGUUAUUAAUAAUCAAAAUGAAUUUGAAAAUAAUAUCACUCUUACUCACUUGGAACUUCGUUCUGAUAUCCGCGAAGAGGGAUUCGUUCGAAGAUGAAGACGCAGCGAGAGCUCGAGAGCUGAGGAACAGAGAGAACAAUCGCAAUAGAACCACGUUCAAUGGAACUCUGACUGAUCUCCCAUCGGAACGACGGAACUUGAGGCACCGGAACAGUUCCCGGUAUCGUGGUGAACGACGUCGGGCUUGGGAAAGAGAACAUGAAAUCAGAAGAGAUCGGAGGAAGGGAUUUGAGUCAGCUGAAGACCACAAAAACAGGACUAUCGAACCAUUCAGCUUGAGGCGAGAUGAAAAACCCCGCAAGACAGAAACAGAUAGACAUUGGAACAGGAGUAGUAUGGACAAGUUCGCUGAUAGGAAGAAGCCAGUUAAUCAAAACAGGAUGCAGGAGAGGCUUCACACUGCUCCACUAAAGGAGAAUAACACAAGAUCUAAGGUGAAAGUGUCGAAUAAGUGGCAGGAACGUUACAUCCCCUAUCCGCAGCCAAGAGAAAGGAAACCAAACAUAAUUUUGAUUCUUACCGAUGACCAGGACGUUGAAUUGGGCAGCUUGAACUUCAUGCCGCGGACGAUGAAGGCCAUCAGGAGUGCCGGGGCAGAGUUCAGACAUGCUUACACUACAACGCCGAUGUGUUGUCCUUCGAGGAGCUCGCUGCUGACGGGAGUGUACGUCCACAACCACAACGUGUACACCAACAAUGACAACUGCUCGUCGCCCAUGUGGCAGGCCACACACGAGACCAACACCUUCGCCACCUACCUCUCCAACGCUGGGUACCGCACUGGCUACUUCGGCAAGUACUUGAACAAGUACAACGGGUCGUACAUCCCGCCGGGCUGGCGCGAGUGGGGCGGGCUCAUCAUGAACUCCAAGUACUACAACUACAGCGUCAACAUGAACGGCAAGCGCAUCAAGCAUGGCGACGAUUAUCAUAAGGACUACUACCCAGACUUGAUAGCCAACGAUUCGAUCGCAUUCCUGCGCGCAUCCAAGCGUCGCUUCACUCGCAAGCCAGUUCUGCUGGUGAUGUCUUUCCCGGCGCCCCAUGGCCCUGAAGACUCGGCCCCCCAGUACUCGCAUCUAUUCUUCAAUGUUACUACGCAUCACACCCCAACAUACGAUAUGGCCCCAAACCCGGACAAGCAGUGGAUCCUGCGGGUGACGGAGAAGAUGAAGCCAAUACACCGCCAGUUCACCGACCUGCUCAUGACCAAACGACUGCAGACCCUCCAGAGCGUUGACAUGGCGGUAGAGCGAGUUUAUCAAGAACUGAAAGCACUGGGAGAAUUGGAUAACACGUAUUUAGUGUACACUUCGGACCAUGGGUAUCAUCUUGGGCAGUUUGGUCUUGUCAAAGGCAAAAGCUUUCCAUUCGAGUUCGACAUCAGAGUGCCAUUCCUUGUGCGAGGACCCGGAGUCGAACCUGGAACUGUUGUCGACGAUAUAGUUCUAAACAUUGACUUGGCGCCAACAUUCCUGGAUAUGGGCGGGGUGGAGCCUCCAGCACACAUGGACGGACGGUCGCUCCUGCCGCUGUUGCAACCACGACGACGAAGACAAGCAACUGCUCAUUGGCCAGAUACUUUCCUUGUGGAAAGUUCGGGUCGGCGAGAGACGCAAGCGCACCUAUCGCUGAAGUAUAGCCGCGGAAUGAACAGCGAUCGUGUGACCACCGCCCACCCGGAGGUUUCCUCCGAGAGUGGAGACUUCGAUGACUCGGACGACGACUUUUUAGAGCCUGAUGAUGACGACGAUGAUGACAGCACAGAAGCGGAUACAAUUGAACCCAAAUCUUCUGAGCCGCUGGUCACCAAUGAGAGCCACAAUCCCGUGUUAGAGGCAAGCCUGGAAAAGGUUCUGGACUCUGAAGAUGCCAGCAUCAACAGCCAGCCUAACUUCCUCAACCCUGGUGGCGCUAAGAUAGACCAAGUGCCAGAUGUAAGCCUAGUGAAUGGAAAAGCGGCUCGGUUGGCUGCAGAGUGCUCCAAGGCAGAGCUACGAGCACCAUGCUCCGCUGGUCGAAAAUGGAAGUGCGUCCUUGUCAAUGGAAGGUGGCGUCGGCAUAAGUGCAAAUAUGAGCCGGAUAUCAACGUUCCACAACCAAAAAUGAGCACAAAGAAAUGCGCUUGCUUUACACCCAGUGGACUUGUCUAUACUAGACUGGAAACCGACGGCACAAUUGCCAGAAGACCCAUCGAUGCUCAAAAGGAAAACAACAAUCGAACUCGCAGGUCCAUAGACAACGACGUAUAUGAACCUAAUACCGUCGAUAGUAUCCUAAAAGAAAACCCAAGUAUCGGUCAUCUAAGCUUCAAAAAUGAUCCGUACAAUGAAUUAGAAGAUAGCGACACAAAGGAUAAAAUAGAAAGACUAAUUAAAGAAACAGAAGCUUUUCUAGAAGCUUAUGAACGUACCAAAGAUAACAUAGAACAUAAGAGAACUAAGCGGCGUGCACAACACAUUAAUCAUAACAAACAUAAACAUAGGAAUGAUGCUGUUACUAACAAUAACGAAUCUUCGUUGGAAUGCAAAAUAGAAAAAGACGGUCAAGUUAACUGUUCUCAGGUUAUUUACAAUGACUUGAAAGCUUGGCAUACAAAUAGACUGAGUUUAGAAGACCAAAUAAGACAAUUAAGGACAAAGUUAGAAGACUUAAAAGAAAUCAAGAGACAUUUGAAAACUGCAAAACCGGCAUUGGAUGCACAAACUGUGCCACCGCUAUAUAUAAAUAACCAUCUACAUAAUACAACUGUGACACAUGAUCACAACAGCACCAAGGAGCACAUCAGAAAAAGUAGAAUUCACAGACUGAAACCAAAACACAGAAAUAUCACACUGUUUGAUAAGAAAUUUAGACAAUCUAACGAAUAUGUCAUGCCCACAGUGAAUGCUAAUACCAAAGACGAUAUUUUCGGCGUACAACUUAAAAAUGAAACUACGACUGAAGUUAUAACACAAAGUAGUACCAACGUGAUGGUUGAAGAAAAUAUAACGCCUAUUCUCGAAGAAUUACCGAAACCAAUUGUGACCACUAUUAUUACAGAAGACAACUAUUACGAUAAAAACGGAGAGUUGGAUAAGAGCACUUUACAAAGCACUAUAACUACAGAGGAUGUAACCACAACAGAGUUUUCAAAGCAGUUUGAAGUGUCUAACGCAAAGCAGAUAACUGACGAAGUAUCUACUGAUCAGGUAUUACCGGUAGAUUUUUCUUUAGGCUUGAAUUAUUUUAAUUCGGCCAUUGAUAAAAUUCUAGCAACAGAACAAACCACAGAAAGAGUAAAGGCAGAAUCAUCGACUGCUAUUACGUCACAUAAACAUCAGACUUCUAAAACUUCAACUGUAACUUCAAACUUAGGACCAGCGAGACUUGAUGCAUCUGAGUUCGAGAAUCGGAACCCUAAUCGAGGAGCCACUAGUAACAUAGGAAUAUUUGGAAAACCGGUUGAUAUCUUCACGAGGAGGUUGCAUCCAUUGUAUAUUGAAAACGAGGACAAACAUGUAUGUUAUUGUGAAGAAAACAGGAAAACCAGAGGUCCAGGCCAUGGUUACAUUGAAGCUGCUCAAAAAGCAAGGGAAGAGCGCAGGAAACUCAAGGAGCAAAGACUACGCAAGAAAAUGAGGAAAGCUAAGAAAAAGGCGGAGUUAGAGCGGCUUUGUGAGUCCGAACGUAUGAACUGCUUCCGUCACGACAACGACCAUUGGCGCACAGCACCUUUAUGGACUGCGGGACCUUUUUGCUUCUGCAUGAGUGCUUCCAAUAACACCUAUAACUGCGUCAGAACCAUCAAUGCUACACAUAACUUAUUGUACUGCGAGUUUGUUACCGGACUGGUCACUUAUUACAACUUGAGGAUUGAUCCCUUUGAAACACAAAAUCGAGUCAAAUACCUGACAAAUGCAGAGAAAGAUUAUUUCCACAACCAAUUGCAGCAACUAUUGAGCUGCCGAGGUCCAUCCUGUCGACGAUUUUCGCAUUCAAAUCCUACUGGGAACAGCGAGGAAGUAGCAAGUCGACGUUAUGAAAGUGAACAUGUUUUCAGAGGAGAAUCUGUUGGCUAUAAUGAAAGGGCUUGGCGAUGGAAUGGGUACGGUCGUCGGUACGCGAGGGCGCGCGAGUUGCACCGGCGUCGACACAUGAUGGCAUUCUAGUCUACUCGAAUGUAAACUACUGGAUACGACAACAAAGCAGAUCCUGCUUUUAUUAGCGACAGCGAUUCAUCAAACGCGGCCAAGGGUCUCGAGAUCCGGAGACACUUGACUGAGGUUAAUUACUGAUAGUUUUCAAAUAGUUGACGACUCAUAGUAAUAUAAGUAAACUAUAAAGCAUCGAAUCUUGUAGGGCUUCCUAUGAUAAUCUUUUUACUCAGUGUAAGUUUAAUAUUGCUUGAAGUAAGAAACAGAUUCUGUGCCUGCUGUUUUUUUGUCUAUCGCCCACUUAACGAAGAAAAAAGAAUUUAAAUCACUGCCUAAACAUAAUUUUGUAUUUCAACAAAAUCAAUGUUUUACAGUUUUUGUCUCCUUCAAUGGAAGUGUCUGUUCUAUUUCUAAACCACAUUCAUUCCUGUAUUAUUUUUCUUCCCUUUUGACAUUCUGUAGAUGGUAUAUUUCUAGCUUUAACUGAACAAAUAUUUAUAUUAUAGCAUUGUAUAAAUUUGUAUGCAACCUUUGAAGAUUGUAAGCAUCGAAGUUUUUUUGUAGAUGUAUUAUGAAUGAUAUUACAAUUCAGAUGUCUGUAGUACACUAGCUAUCUAGUAGAGGUUAUAAAAGUGAUAUUACUGUUGCCAUUGUGAUGAUAUGUGUAUUGGUUUUAAUAAUAAAAAUGUUAAAAAGUA